CGACGCUUCCUGACUUAGCAUGCUAAAACAUAAGGGCCAUUCACCUAAACACGAUAACUUAGCAGUCACUGCAGUUGCUCUACAAGAUCACAUUUUACAUGACCUUCAACUGCAAGGUCUUUCAGUAGCCCAAAGCUGCAAGACAAAGCUGCCGACGAGAGAGAACACAUCCAAGUCUCUAAAAAGAAAUGUGAAAGCUGUGAUAGAUACAGGACUUCAAAAGACCACCCAAGGCCCCAAAGAGGAAGAUCCAGAAAAAGAGUAUGUUCUUGAUCCAAAGCCGCCACCGUUAACUUUAGCGCAGAGGCUGGGCCUGUUUGAACCUCCCCCACUGCCACUGUCAUCAGAUGAGUGGGAGAAAGUGAAGCAGAGGUCUGUCGCACAGGGGGACUCCAUGCAGCCCUGCCCCAUAUGCAAGGAGGAAUUCCAGCUUCGCCCCCAGGUGCUGCUCUCAUGUUCCCACGUGUUCCACAGGGCAUGCCUCCAGGCCUUUGAGAAGUUCACGAGCAAGAAAACCUGUCCCCUCUGCAGGAAGAGCCAGUACCAAACCCGAGUGAUUCACGACGCAGCUCGGCUGUUCAAAACAGAGUGCGCCACACGGGUCCAAGCCUGCUGGAGGGGACACGUGGUUAGAAAGUGGUACCGAGACCUGAGGAGGACCCUGCCGCCCACAGAUGCCAAGUUGAGGAGAAAAUUCUUUGAAGAAAAGUUCACAGCCAUCAGCCGGCGCCUGCUGCGCUCCUACCGCACGGACGUCGACGAGCUCCUCGCGGAAAUCGACCGCUGCCUGGCCGUGAACCGCGGCGUCCUGCAGCAGCUGGACGGGCCGCGGGGCCGCCGGCUCACGGACGGCGACUGGCGGAGAAUCCAGACCCAGGCCCUGCACCGGGACACCUUGGAAUGCUCCAUCUGUCUCACGCCCCUGUCGGUGAGCAGCAACAGCCCCGCUGGGCCCUCAGGGACUGGGCCGGGUGGUGGCCAGCCUCCCCGCCAGACGGUGCUCCUGUCCUGCUCACACAUGUUCCACCACGCGUGUCUCCUUGCCCUGGAGCAGUUCUCCUGGGGGGGCUGCUCUCCCUUCCAUGCCUGUCCACUCUGCCGCUCCUGCUACCAGAAGAAAAUUCUCGAAAGUUGAAUUCACAGUCAGGAAAAAGUUACAUCAUUCUGGGGCAAAGUCUGCCUUAAUUUUGGAGAAAUUGUGGGAGUUUGGGGUUAAGUACUACAGUGUAAUUUGUUUUCGGGUGGAGAAACCCUUAGUAGUUGUACAUAGGAAACCUAACUGUUAUUAAAGCUGACAACUCACCCAGUUUUAGUCAUUAGUCUAUAAAAAGCAUUUCAAAUUUAUGGGUUUAAUCA